AUGGGGGCCUGCCGGUCCCCAGACCGGCCUCCUGCCCGGGCUCCAGAAGGGUCCUGCCACCGCAGGUCCCCCGUCCGACCUCCUGCCCGGCCUUGCGAGGGGUCCCAUCACUGCCGGUCCCCAGUCAAGCCUCCUGCCGAGGCUCCAGAGGGGUCCCGCCGCCACCCGUCCACCGUCCAGCUUCCUGCCCGGCCUCCCGAGAGGUCCCGCGGCCGCUGGUCCGCCUGGGGUCCCGCCGCCAAUGGCCUCCUGCCCAGCCUCCCAUGGGAGCCCGCUGCUGCUGGUCCCCAGUCUCGCCUCCUGCCCGGCGUCCAGAGGGGUCCAUUCCACUGCCAGUUCCCAGUCCAGCAUCCAGCUCAGCCUUCAGAUGGGUCCUUCCACUUUCGGUUCCCAGUCCAGCCUGCAGCCCGACCUCCAGAAGGGUCCUGCCACCACCUGCCUCCUCCCCAGCCUCCUAAGGGGUCCCACCGCCACCGGUCCCCAGUCCGGCCUCCUGCCCGACCUUCCAAGGGGUCCCGCCACCACCAGUCCCCAGGCCGGCCUCCUGCCCUGCCUCCAGAGGGAUCCCACUUCUGCUGUAGGUCCCCAAUCCGGCCUCCUGCCCGCCCUUCAGAGGGGUCUCGCCGCCAUCGGCUUCCAGCCCUGCCUCCAGACGGGUCCCACCACCGCCAGUCCCCAGUCCGGCCUCCUGCCCGGCCUCCAGAGGGGUCCCGCUUCUGCUGUAGGUCCCCAGUCCGGCCUCCUGCCCGCCAUUCAGAGGGGUCUCGCCGCCAUCAACCUCCUCCCCAGCCUCGUAAGGGGUCCCACCACCGCCAGUCCCCAGUCCGGCCUCCUGUCCGGCCUCCAGAGGGGUCCCGCUUCUGCUGUAGGUCCCCAGUCCGGCCUCCUGCCCACCCUUCAGAGGGGUCUCGCCGCCAUCAACCUCCUCCCCAGCCUCGUAAGGGGUCCCACCACCGCCGGUCCCCAGUCCGGCCUCCUGCCCGACCUUCCAAGGAGUCCCGCCGCCACCGGUCCCCAGGCCGGCCUCCUACCCGGCCUCCAGAGGGGUCCCGCUACUGCUGUAGGUCCCCAGUCCGGCCUCCUGCCCGCCCUGCAGAGGGGUCUCGCUGCCAUCGGCCUCCUGCCCGGCCACCCGAGGGGUCCCGCCACCGCCGGUCCCCAGUCCAGCCUCCUGCCCAGCCUCCAGAGGGGUCCUGCUUCUGCUGUAGGUCCCCAGUCCAGCCUUCUGCCCGCCCUUAA